GUCGCGAUAUGAUGACGUAAAACGUCUGGUCAUUUGUAUUGUUUUGGUUGGUGCAAUUUGCCUUGUACAGAAUCAACUCUGAAUCAUUCGGUUAUAUCAAAUUGCAGGUCAGCCCUAGGAGAGGUCAGAGGUCAUGGAAGAGCAGAGCGCUUCACCUGGAGUGAACACUGAUAACGGCAGCCAAAGGAAUGGAGAGGAGAAGCCACGCAGGACCAGCUGGACAAAAGGGAGGAAGAGGAAGAAGCCAAUGAAGGACAGUAACGCACCCAAAGCCCCAUUAACAGGCUACGUGCGGUUUAUGAACGAUCGGCGGGAGCAGCUGAGGGCCGAGAGACCAGACGUUCCCUUCCCGGAGAUCACCAGGAUGCUGGGCAAUGAGUGGAGCAAGCUGCAUCCUGAGGAGAAACAGCGCUAUUUGGAUGAGGCAGAGAAAGAUAAGGAGCGUUACAUGAGAGAGCUGGAGAAGUAUCAGCAGACAGAAGCCUAUAAGCAUUUCAAAAGGAAGGUGCAAGAGAAGCAGAAAGGGAAACGACUCCGGGGAGAUGUGGGCCGGCAGGCUGCCCGGGAAGCUCUUCAUGAGAAUGAUGGAGGCCUGAAGGAUCGCUCUGUGUUUGAUAUCCCUAUCUUCACUGAGGAGUUUCUCAAUCACAGUAAAGCACGUGAGGCAGAGCUGCGGCAGUUACGUAAGACCAACAUGGAGUACGAGGAGCGCAACGCAGCACUACAGAAACACGUGGAGAGUAUGCGGAGCGCCGUGGAGCGCCUGGAGGGAGAUGUGCUGCAGGAGCGCACACGCAACAGCCUGCUACAACAACACCUCGACCAACUGCGCUCAGCACUCACACACAGCUUUUCCAACGUGCCACUGCCUGGCAGCGGAGAGACGGCCAGUUUGGACUCCAUCGACUCUUACAUGAAGAAGCUCCACAGUAUCAUCAUGUCGAACCCUCAGGAGCAUGAGCAACUUAUUAGCUUGGUGCGAGACGUGGUUAACUGCCUUGACAGGUAAUUGAGGAGUCCCAAUAACCCCGCCGCCAAAUCCCAGAGCUCUGUUCUAUUCACAACACCCAUCCUAAUUCAAUUUUUAAGACUUGCUUUACUACAGACAGGAAAAAUAUUUAUUUUCUAGUGCCAUUUUUAUCAGUUUUUUACUUAAUGUGGUCAGCAAUUGGUAUUUAUUAACUCCUUGUCUUUAUUUGUAUUGGGCUCAUAGUAUAUGUGAAAACAUGCUUUAGUGAUCUUCAGUCCAUGUUUUGUUUCAAGUAAAAGUUAAAAAUUUUAGUUACAUUUCUUUGCAUUAAAAAUUAAAUUUUGUAUUUGUAUCAUAAUCUGAUUUACGCUGUAGUUUGUAUAUUUGUGGUUUGCCUAUUGUCCCUGUGCCAGCAUUACGUAUGUGUAUAAAAGCUCAAAUGCUCCAUUGACCAAUAAAUUGCAUUAAAAAAAUGUUUUCA